GCCAGAGCGACAGGUGAAUGACCCGAUCAGUCGCGGGACAGGGAGCAGGAGGCACAUGCUCAUGAACACUUCUAUUUAAAGCUUAAAAUAACUGAUAACGACACGCACUCGGGUUCAAAAUGAUGGAUCCAAAAUUGGAGUCUAUCAAAAUGAUGGCUCGUAUCCGGCGCUACUCGGACGUCAUGUCUCUUCCGGACUCAUUCAUCCAGAGGCAGCAGUUGGACGCCAGUAUGGCUGACACCUUCCUGGAACAUCUGUGUCUGCUGGACAUCGACCAGGAGCCGAUCACAGCGCGCAACACCAACAUCAUCUGCACGAUCGGUCCCGCCUCUCGGUCGGUCCCCAAACUGCAGGAGAUGGUCAAAGCAGGAAUGAACAUCGCUCGCCUCAACUUCUCCCACGGCUCACAUGAGUACCACGGAGAGACCAUCAAAAACAUCCGGGAGGCCGUGGAUACCAUCACCUCUGACCCUCUGUACUUUCGACCCGUCGCCAUAGCGCUGGACACCAAGGGCCCCGAGAUACGCACGGGAUUGGUCAAAGGGAAGGUGGAGGAGGAGGUGGAGCUGAAGAAGGGCAGCCGUGUCCGAGUGUUGACAGCUGACAGCGACAAAGACAAAACAGACGGAGCCGUGAUCUGGGUGGACUAUCCCAGCCUGCCCAAAGUCCUGGACAAAGGCGGUGUCAUCUACAUCGACGACGGCCUGAUCGGGCUCAAAGUCGUGGAAAUAGGUGAGGACUGGGUGGACACUGUGGUGGAGGCUGGUGGUGUCCUGUGCAGCCGUAAAGGGGUGAAUCUCCCCGGGUGUAACCUCAUCGGGCUGAAGGCUGUGAGCGAACGCGACGAGGCAGAUCUGCGUUUUGGCGUCUCCCAGGGCAUCGACAUGGUAUUCGCCAGCUUCAUCCGCUCCGCACAGGACGUGAAAGACGUUCGCAAAGCUCUGGGUCCGUACGGGCAGGGCGUCAAAGUCAUCAGCAAAGUGGAGAGUCGCCAAGGAGUGCAGAAUUUUGAGGAGAUCUUGAAGGAGAGCGACGGAGUGAUGGUUGCUAGGGGCGACCUGGGGAUUGAGAUACCGGCAGAGAAGGUAUUCAUCGCGCAGAAGAUGAUGAUUGGACGCUGCAACUCGGCCGGAAAACCAGUCAUAUGUGCCACUCAGAUGCUGGAGAGUAUGGUGUCCCACCCCCGGCCCACCCGAGCGGAGGGCAGUGACGUGGCCAACGCGGUGCUGGACGGAGCCGACUGUGUCAUGUUAUCGGGGGAAACGGCCAAAGGACAGUUCCCAGUGGAGGCGGUGGCCAUGAUGCACUCGAUCUGCAGAGAGGCGGAGGCGGCCAUCUUCCAUCAGCAGCUGUUUGAGGAGCUGCGGCGCCUGACCCCUCUGUCCUCCGACCCCACCGAGGUCACCGCCAUAGGGGCCGUCGAGUCCUCCUUCAAGUGCGGAGCCGGGGCCAUUAUUGUGCUCACCACCACUGGAAGGUCGGCACAUCUGUUGUCACGGUACCGCCCUCGCUGCCCCAUCAUCGCAGUGACCCGGAGCCCCCAGGUGGCACGACAGUCUCAGCUGUUGAGGGGCGUAUUCCCGGUACUCUUCCAUCCUCUUCCUGCUCCGGUUUGGGCCGACGAUGUGGACAACAGGGUGAACUUCGGCAUGGACAUAGGGAAGGCCAGAGGGUUUUUCAAAGCUGGAGACAUGGUGAUUGUGGUGACCGGCUGGAUCCCGGGCAGUGGACACACAAACAUCAUGAGAUCGGUCAAUGUCCCAGAAUGAGGACCUGAUUGAGAACUUCACCAGCUGUUUGUGUCGAUUUUUUAUUAGGUGUACAGUUAAGUUAUCUGUGGAUCCAGGGGUCCUACCUGAGAUUCUUCUUUCAAUGCAAAAUCUCUUCAUUCCCUGUAAAAUAAAACAUCCAAAUGUUAAAUGUACAAACCAGUGUAAUAUAUAGAACGCAGACCUUCUGUCACUUUCACUGUGUAUUACUUAGACAUAAUUCCUUUUCAUGGUGUUUUACUGUUUUAGCUUUUAAUAAACUUCAAUUUCUGACAC